AUGUUUGAAAAUGUCCAGCAGGGUCCGGUAGACCCAAUGUUCGAUUUGAAGAAACUUGCCGACAAUGAUACUUCUCCAGAGAAGGUCGAUCUUGGCGUAGGGAUUUAUAGGAACGAAAACGGGCAGUAUCAUGAGAUGGAAGCCAUCAAGGAGUACGAAUCUACCACUGGCAAUCCCCAAUUUCUGGAGUAUGCCGCGCAGAUAAUGUUUGGGGAGAAAUGUGAGGCAUUGGUAUCGGGUCAAAUUACAUCUGUUCAAACCAUCUCAGGCACUGGGGCCAAUCAUCUCGCUGCCUUGUUUUUGAAGAGAUGUUCGGGUUCCAAAGCCAACUCAGUAUACUUGGGAACACCAACCUGGGGGAAUUAUGAGCCUCUUUGCUCAUUGGUGGGUAUGGAUAUAGUGAAGUAUCCCUAUCUUGAUCCGGAAUCUGGAACAGUGAACUUCGACACAUUGCUUGAAAUGGUAUCCCAGGCCCCACCGCAGAGUGUGUUCAUUCUACAGGCAUGCUGUCACAAUCCUUUGGGGGUGGAUCUUACCCAGUCCCAAUGGCGGAAACUUGCAAAUGCAAUGAAGGAAGCGAGUGUUUUUCCUUUCUUCGACAUUGCUUAUCAAGGUCUUGGUGGAUCUCAAGAGGAGGAUGCUUAUGCGAUCCGACUAUUCACAGAGAUGGGAUUCGAGAUGGUUGUUUGCCAAUCCUUUUCGAAAAACUUUGGUCUGUACGGGGAGCGAUGUGGUGUACUUCAUGUGGUUUGUUCAACCGCCACAAUUGCUGCUAAAGUCUAUGAUCAACUUCGGUGCCUCAUCCGGUGGGAAUUUGCCUCGUCGCCUGCGUAUGGGUCCCGACUCGUGAACCUUAUCAUGGAAAGUCCACGCUUGAGACAGUUAUGCGAGCUUUCGCUUAUGCGAAGUCGAAUACUCGACAAUAGACGAGAGCUCUUCAGAUUGUUGAAACAUGUUCCCGGAGAUUGGAACAUGAUUCUGGCCACAAAGGGUCUCUUUUGUUGCCUGCCUCUAAGUUUGCUCCAGUGCGAGCAGCUCCAAUCGAAGCAUCGCAUAUAUCUCCCUGGAAAUGGUCGCAUCAACAUCUCUGGUUUGAACUCGACCAAUAUCGACAGGGUGGCAUCCGCAAUUGUUGAUGUGCUAUAG